AUGACUUCCCUCAAACAGUUCAUUCGCAACGUUCGGUCUGCCAAGACAAUUGCAGAUGAGCGAGCAGUCGUCCAGAAAGAAAGCGCCGCCAUCCGUGCCUCCUUUCGUGAGGAAAGCCAUGACUCCAAUGUUCGGCGGAACAACGUUGCCAAGCUACUGUACCUUUUCACUCUCGGAGAGCGAACCCAUUUCGGUCAGAUCGAAUGUCUCAAGCUCCUAGCAUCGCCGCGGUUCGCCGACAAGCGUUUGGGAUACUUGGGUACCAUGUUAUUGUUGGAUGAAAACCAGGAGGUUUUGACGCUGGUCACUAAUUCUCUGCAAAAUGAUCUCAAUCAUUCGAAUCAAUACGUCGUUGGUCUAGCCCUGUGUACUUUGGGGAAUAUUGCCUCUGUCGAAAUGUCUCGGGAUCUGUUUACCGAAGUGGAAUCAUUGAUAAGCACAGCUAAUCCCUAUAUUCGACGAAAGGCGGCAUUGUGUGCUAUGCGCAUUUGCCGCAAGGUGCCUGAUCUUCAAGAACAUUUCAUUGAGAAAGCCAAGAUGCUUCUUUCCGAUCGCAACCAUGGUGUUUUGCUUUGUGGUUUAACUCUUGCUAUUGAUCUUUGUGAACAUGCUGAAGAACUUGAUGAAGGCCAAGAAGAUAUUCUUGAAAUGUUUCGCCCACUGGCCGCCCCGCUCGUCAAGGUUUUGAAGGGCUUGACCACCUCGGGUUAUGCUCCGGAACAUGAUGUCUCUGGUAUUACUGAUCCUUUCUUGCAGGUCAAAAUCCUUCAUUUCCUUCGUGUUUUAGGUAGAGGAGACGCGGCUACAAGCGAGCUCAUCAACGAUAUCCUAGCCCAGGUGGCCACAAACACUGAGGCAUCAAAGAACGUCGGUAAUGCUAUUCUUUACGAAGCUGUGCUUACAAUUCUGGACAUCGAGGCCGAUUCUGGUCUCCGAGUCCUCGGUGUCAAUAUCCUUGGAAAGUUCCUUGCCAAUAAAGAUAACAACAUUCGAUACGUAGCCUUGAACACGCUCAUAAAGGUUGUUGCUGUCGAGCCUAAUGCAGUGCAAAGACAUCGGAAUACUAUCCUAGACUGCUUACGAGACCCGGAUAUUAGCAUUCGUCGCCGGGCACUUGACCUGAGCUUUACCCUCAUCAACGAGGGCAAUGUCCGUGUCCUCGUUCGUGAGCUCCUAGCCUUCCUUGAGGUUGCCGACAAUGAGUUCAAGCCUACAAUGACUACUCAGAUCGGAAUCGCAGCUGAUCGCUUCUCUCCAAACAAAAGAUGGCAUGUCGAUACUAUGCUCCGAGUUCUCAAACUCGCUGGUAGCUCUGUUAAGGAACAGAUUCUUUCGUCGUUUGUCCGACUCAUUGCCACGACUCCAGAUUUGCAGACGUAUGCUGUGCAAAAGCUCUAUGCAGCUUUGAAAGAAGACAUCACUCAAGAGGGGUUGACACUCGCAGCAUCGUGGGUUAUCGGUGAAUACGGCGACGCUCUACUUCGCGGUGGACAGUAUGAAGAGGAGGAACUAGUUAAAGAGGUCCGCGAAAGUGACAUCGUCGACUUAUUUACCAAUAUCCUCAACAGCACUUCUGCGACGCAGAUCGUCACGGAAUAUAUCACUACUGCCUCCAUGAAACUCUCUGUCAGAUUAUCGGACCCAAGCCAAGUGGAGCGGAUCCGCCGCUUCCUUGCAACCCGUACGGCUGACCUGAAUGUUGAAGUUCAGCAAAGGGCCGUUGAAUACAGUAAUCUAUUUGGCUACAAUCAAAUUCGUCUAGGUGUUUUAGAACGUAUGCCGCCCCCUGAAAUUCGGGAAGAACAGAGGGUCUUGGGUGAGCCGACAAACAAGCGACAAAGUCGAAUGCUUAAGGACAAGUCCAAGAAGCCUCCCAAACAAACCGAAGAUCUACUUCUUGACAUUAUAGGUGGCUCAGAUGUCGGCCCUACAAGUCCUACGACUGUUAAUGGCUCUUCUCAAAAUACUGCAGAUCUCCUGGCCGACAUCUUGGGUGGUGGCUCUUCUACUUCUCCUGCUCCACAACCCCCCGCACCUAAUACCAGUGCUAUUAUGGAUCUCUUCAAUUCGAAUGGGACACCGUCGCCUGCUCAAUCACAGUCUCCCGCUCCUACAUCUACGUCUCAGGAUCUUCUAGCCGGUCUUGGGGCUCCGAGCUCUCCAGCCCCGGCUCCUUCAACAGGCCCACCAACCCAUACUGCAUUCAAUAAGAAUGAUCUUGUUCUUACACUUCAGGUCCAACGUAAUCCAACUGGGACUGGCGCUCAGGUUCUUGCGCGCUUCCGCAACAACUCUAAUUUCAACCGCAUAACCAGUGUUGGCUUACAGGCUGCAGUCCCAAAGAGCCAGCGGCUGCAGCUAAAUGCCAUCAACAAGGCAGAUCUUGAUGCAGGCGAAGAAGGCACUCAGGCUAUGAGGAUAGCGGCCGCUAGCGGUGCACUCCCAACCAAACUUCGCUUGCGCCUUCGUGUCACAUAUGGCAAAGAUGGAGCGACCCCAGUCACUGAGCAAGUAGACUGGACAGAGCCCUGA